GCAGACUGGUGGGAAUGGCUUAUUUCAAUGCUGUCUGUGGGACAUUGAAUGACUUUUAACAGAGCUGGUGGAUAGCUGCUCCAUUAUUUUAUCUCUCUAGAAAGGUGUCAAUUUAGCUUGAACAUGGAGGCUCUAAUCCCCGUUAUAAACAAGCUUCAAGAUGUCUUCAAUACGGUGGGAGCAGACAUAAUACAGCUGCCGCAGAUAGCAGUCGUUGGAACCCAGAGCAGUGGGAAGAGCUCUGUGUUGGAGAGCCUGGUUGGCAAGGACAUGCUGCCCCGUGGGACAGGUGUAGUGACCCGCCGGCCACUCAUCCUACAGCUAGUCCAUGUGGAUCCUGGAGAUGGCAGGAAAAUGAAAGAUGAGAAUGGCGUGGAAGGAGAUGAAUGGGGCAAGUUCUUACACACCAAAAACAAGAUCUACCCAGACUUCAGUGAAAUCAGGCAGGAAAUCGAAAAUGAAACGGAAAGAAUUUCCGGUAUUAACAAGGGGAUCAGCGAUGAGCCUAUUCACUUGAAGAUUUUCUCUCCUAAUGUGGUGAACCUCACUCUGGUGGAUCUACCCGGCAUCACCAAGGUCCCAGUGGGCGACCAGCCCCAAGACAUAGAGGUGCAGAUCAGAGAGCUGAUCCUGAAGCACAUCUCCAACCCCAACUCCAUCAUCCUGGCUGUGACCGCUGCCAACACAGACAUGGCCACCUCAGAGGCCCUCAAAGUGGCCCGUGAGGUCGAUCCCGACGGCAGGAGGACACUGGCGGUGGUGACCAAGCUGGACUUGAUGGACGCUGGUACUGAUGCUAUGGACGCCCUGCUGGGCCGGGUCAUCCCUGUCAAACUGGGCCUCAUCGGAGUGGUCAACAGGAGUCAGUUGGACAUCAACAAUAAGAAGUCGGUGAGCGAUGCCAUCCGAGAUGAACAUGCAUUCCUGCAGAAGAAGUAUCCCUCUCUCGCUAAUCGAAAUGGAACCAAGUAUCUGUCCAGGACUCUGAACAGGUUACUGAUGCACCACAUCAGAGACUGUCUACCGGAGCUGAAAACGCGUAUCAACGUGCUGGCGGCCCAGUACCAGUCUCUGUUGAGCAGCUACGGCCAGCCCGUUGAGGACCAGAAUGCCACCCUUCUGCAGCUCAUAACCAAAUUCGCUGCAGAGUACUGCCACACUAUCGAGGGCACUGCCAAGUACAUUGAGACGGCCGAGCUAUGCGGUGGUGCCAGAAUCUGUUACAUAUUUCACGAGACUUUUGGGCGAACAUUAGAGUCAGUGGAUCCCCUAGGAGGACUCAACACCAUAGACAUCCUGACCGCCAUCAGGAACGCCACUGGCCCUCGCCCGUCUCUGUUUGUGCCCGAGGUGUCGUUUGAGCUGCUGGUGAAGAAGCAGGUGAAGAGACUGGAGGAGCCCAGCCUGCGCUGUGUAGAGCUGGUCCAUGAGGAGAUGCAGAGGAUCAUCCAGCACUGCAGCAACUACAGCACACAGGAGUUGUUGAGAUUUCCAAAGCUCCAUGAUGCCAUAGUAGAAGUGGUCACCUCUCUGCUCAGGAAAAGGCUGCCUAUCACCAAUGAGAUGGUGCAUAAUCUGGUGGCCAUAGAGCUGGCCUACAUCAACACCAAACACCCUGACUUUGCUGAUGCCUGUGGGGUCAUGAACAACAACAUAGAGGAGUCGAGGAGAAACAGAAUGAGAGAGCUGCCUGCUGCCGUCCCCAGGGAUAAGUCAGUAGUUAAUGGUCCAGUCGGCCAGCCUCCCAUUCCUACCGAGCCCCCUGCCUCUGUGGACGCGGAGGGUGCCAAGCCUCCCGGAGCAGGGCCCCAGGGGGACCAGGAGGGGACAGGGAACUGGAGAGGCAUGCUGAAGAAAGGGGAUGAGGGGGCCCCCGGCUCUGGCCCCGCCAGCCCCCAUAAGGGCCUUGCCGUCAACCUGCUGGACGUGCCCGUUCCUGUUGCCAGGAAGUUGUCUUCUCGGGAGCAGCGUGACUGUGAGGUCAUCGAGAGACUCAUCAAGUCCUACUUUCUCAUCGUCCGGAAAAACAUCCAAGACAGCGUGCCUAAGGCAGUGAUGCACUUCCUGGUGAACCAUGUGAAGGACAGUCUGCAGAGUGAGCUGGUGGGUCAGCUCUAUAAGUCUGGUCUUCUCAACGACCUGCUCACUGAGUCUGAGGACAUGGCCCAGAGACGCAAGGAGGCUGCAGACAUGCUAGAGGCUCUGCAGAAGGCCAGUCAGGUCAUUGCUGAGAUCAGAGAGACUCAUCUGUGGUAAGGAGGAGAAUUCCACUGAAGUCAAUCUGUAAUCUACUAAUCAUGUCUGGAAGACAGAAGGUGUGUGUCUACUUAUCAUGUCCGGAAGACUUGUGAUUUGCCAAUGUGAAAAUGCACUGUUGUGGUUCACGUAAGUGUGUUGAUUGAAACAUGGUACUGGCUCACAGCUGUGUAAAGGCUAAAUACAUAUCAUUGCUGAGCUGUAUAAGAAACUGAUACCUCAUUAAGGCACAUCUGUACUGUAUAGUUAUAACCAAGAAUGUUUAUUAUUUAGUUAUUUUUAAAAUGUAACCUUGAUUUAACUAGGCAAGUCCGUUAAGAACAAGUUCUUAUUUACAAUGGAGGCCUAUCCCGGCCAAACCCGGACGACGCUGGGCCAAUUGUGCCGCCCUGUGGGACUCCCAAUCACGGCCGGAUGUGAUGCAUCCUGGAUUCGAACCAGGUACUGCAGUGACGCCUCUUUCACUGUUUGAAGGCCAAACCUGUCCUAUCUUCAGCUGUCUGAGUGUAACACAACAGGGAGAGAUUGAUGAAUUGUUCUUUCUGUAGCCUAAAUCAAAGCUGAAACUCUAACCUCAGUUUCACACCCUAGCCUUCAACUGGACAAUAUAUCAUUUGUGUAAAUAUUCUCCAGUUCACGUACAUUUAAUACUGCCGUCCCACAUUGUUUAUGAAAAUGUAUAACCAAAAUAUACCGUAACUCUAAAUAUCUUUAUUUAUGAAAUGUAUUUAAGUUAUAAUGUCAAAAGCACUGGUACCGCUUUCUAUGUCAUUUUAUGUUUACAAUGUGCAGGCAAUAUGUGGUGCAUCCCUUACGGGGAGAAAUGCACAUGAAUUUCACGUGAUCUCGUGUGAUUUUUAUGUGAAGUUUAAUGUGAUAACGUGACAACAUAUGAAGCAACGUGAUAACAUGAAGCUACGUGUGACAACAGUUUGAACACAUGUGAAAACAUGUUAAAUAAAUGUGACAUGAGGAUGCAACAUGUUUGCGUGUGAAAGUGUCAUUGAGAAUAUUUUUAAAAAGGCAUAAUUGACAUUCAAAUUAAACAGUUUCGGUUUGUUCUGGAGACGUCCCCGAGAACGCUAUUGUGUUUUUUGUUGUUGUUGACGUUACUGUAUUUUUACAGCUAAGUGAAGGCGCUAACAUUAAAGGACAUUAUGCUGAUUA